AUGGCGUUUAAGAGCACGGAUAAAGAGUCUGCCACUAGCCAUGACCAUGGUGUCCUAGAUGCGCUUGGACUGAAAGUGGCCGAGGGUCAUCAGGAUGUCCAAGAAGGAUUGAUGGCCGAUAAUGCUGAUAACCUCCAGCGUCAUCUUGCCAAUCGUCAGAUUCAGCUAAUUGCAAUUGGUGGUUCCAUUGGAACUGCCUUGUUCGUGAGUAUCGGAACCGGUUUGUACCAUGGUGGUCCGGGUAGUUUGUUCAUUGCCUUUACGGUGCAAUGUAUCUUCCUGGCUAUGGUCAACAAUUGCCUCGCUGAAAUGACUACCGCUUUCCCCGUGAGUGGUGGAUUUAUUCGACUUGCGGGAAAAUGGGUAGAUGAUGCGCUUGGUUUUAUGGUUGGAUGGAACUUCUUCUUUUAUGAGGCUCUAUUGAUCCCAUUUGAGAUCUCUGCUUUUACUCUGGUCCUCUCAUUUUGGUCUGAAAAAAUAUCCGAACCUGGUCCCGUUGCUGGAAUCUGUGCGGCGAUUGUUUUGUGUUACGCAUUCCUCAACAUCCUGGCUGUCAAAGCUUAUGGAGAAGCUGAAUUUUGGCUUUCCGGUGGCAAGGUUGUUUUGAUCUUUGCGUUGUUCUUCUUCACAUUCAUCACAAUGGUAGGAGGCAACCCGCAACAUGAUGCGUACGGCUUCCGAUACUGGAACAACCCAGGUGCCUUCAUGGAGUACCUGGAUACCGGCAGUCUUGGUCGAUUCGAAGGUUUCCUAGGUUCCUUGUGGUCUGCUGCUUUCGCCGUUGUUGGUCCCGAGUACAUCUCAAUGGUCGCAGCCGAAGCCAAGCGACCCCGGAUUUAUAUCAAGGCCGCCUUUCAGACUGUCUAUGUUCGAUUCGGUCUCUUCUUCAUGGGUGGUGCCCUGGCCGUGGGUAUUGUGUGCUCUUGCAGAGACGAAACCUUGUACAACGUCGUUGCAGGAAAUACCUCCGGUUCAUCCGCAGCUGCUUCGCCGUAUGUCAUUGGCAUGAGGAAUAUGGGAAUUACCAUCUUCCCUUCCAUUAUCAACGCUCUUUUGCUAACGUCGAUUUUCUCGGCUGGUAACACCUACACGUACUGCGCGAUCCGAACCCUGUACAGUUUGGCUCUCGAGGGUCGGGCUCCCAGAUUCCUUACGUACACAAGCAGAAAGGGUGUUCCAAUCUAUUGCUUCAUCGUUGUGAUGAUUUUCCCAAUGCUGUCUUUCUUGCAAUGUGGAAGCGGCUCUUCAGUUGUGAUCACCUGGUUUGCUGAUCUAGUUACAGCUGGAGGUCUGAUCAACUACAUCACUAUCUGCAUCACAUUUAUCUUCUACCACCGCGCCUGCAAAGUGCAAGGUGUGGACCGUCGACAAUUCUCCUACUUCGGACGAUUCCAACCAUACUGUGCCUACUUGGCUCUUGUCUGGAUGUUCCUCGUGACCCUCUUCUACGGCUAUCCCGCAUUCAAGCCAUGGUCUGUAUCGACAUUCUGGUCCGACUACACUAUGCAGAUCGUGAUCCCAUGUCUUUUCGUUCUCUGGAAACUUUUCAAGCGCACCAAACUUGUUAAGUCCCACGAAGCUGAUCUGGUGUGGGAACGACCCUUGAUCGAUGCGUACGAGGCUAGCUUCAUUGACCCUCCUGUUGGUUUCUGGCGAGAGGUGGGUCAAAUGUUUGGACUCAAACGCAUUAAAGGUGGUAACGAUAAACGCCGUCACUCUGCUAUCCAACAUUCUAGUGGAACUGAAGGGACUGAGGAGGGAGCUAUGGCUUAG